GUUAUGCUCUCCCAUGAGAGGUUCUGAGAAAUCCCAGCUGGGUUAGGAACUACUGAAGCCAAGUUACCAACUCCCCCAAAGAAAUGGGUAGCACAGCCUUGUGGGGAAAGCACAGGGCUGGACAUCAAACAUGGUAGGUUCUAAUCCUGUGUGACCUUGGGCAAAUCACUUAACCUCUCUUUCCUAUUCUGUAAAAGGGGGGUAAUGACACCUCCCUCCUGGGGAGUGUAUGAGGCACAGUUAACACCAUCUGGAGAUGCUUGGGUGGAAAAUGCAGUAGAAGUGCUAAGUCCUAUUAAUUAUUAUUUUAUUAUGUGAGCCACUAAGGAUCCCCACACACGUGCUGAAAACUGUUGGGCCUGUGCUCUUUCUGAGACAUGAGCUUUUUCCCCCAAAGAUAAAACCGAACUGUGCCUUGUUUAUUUUGGUUCCCAUAGUAACUACAGCUCAUAGAUGGGGAGGGUUGUUCCCUAGCAACCAUCCCUGAUGCUUACUCUUAGUUCCACCUCUUUGCCUGCACUUCUGGACUUCAGCAGGACCUGCCUGGUUAGACGAAUCACUUUGUCAUCUCAACUGAGACCAUGGAACAGGAGGUGCCUAUGACCUCAGCCUCCCUUACACCUGCUGCAGCGAAACAUGAGUCUGUGCUAGCCCACGACCCAUCAGUGGAACCUGGAGAUGGCAACAAGGAGCGCAUCCUGGCUGGGGCACGGGCCAGCAGCAAGAGAACCUCCUUGAAAAGUUCCAGUAGAACCUCCUGGAAGAUCUCCAAGAACCCUACAGAUAGCAGAACACCCAUGAGUUCUCCUCAAGUCAAAUCCCAGGCAUCCCCCUCUGCACAGCAUCUACACACCAGAAGCUAUAGUAAACAGAGUCUCCGGGCCAAAACUCCUUCUGCAUGGCAUCAUCUCACCAGAGAAGGAGGAGAAGAAGGCCGGGAUGUCUCAGGUGCCAAGGAACCAGCAGUGGGGCAACAUCAAAGAGGGAGGACAGGAAGUCUCCUACAUCUUGCAAAGUCUACCCAGAAGGAGGCAGAAAGUGUCCAAGCCUACUCAGAUGGCAAAGAACCAGUAGCAGGGCAACAUCGAUCGCUGGGGCCCAGGAUGCCUGGAUCUCCCCGAAAGCCCACCAAGACCAGCCACAAGGAAGCGAGGGAAUUCCGGAAUGGCUUAAGUGCAAAGGAAUCCUUAGCAUCAAUAGGGCAAGACGUGAAAGCAGAGGGGAAGCUCUUUCAGGAGAAGAAAAGCAGCAUAAUCCCAAUUAACAUCAAACACAAGUUCGGGAGCAGCAUCGUGGAUGAGCUCGUCACCGAGGAACAGGCGCGUCGUGCUCUGUGUGAGGCUGGACUGAUCGAGGGGCAGAAACGACUCAGCAACCGGGCCCCUAAGACACCAGAGAAUCCCAUGGCCACCACAUCCUUUGCUGAUUAUUAUGAACUGGGUUACAACCUGAGGUCAAACAUCUUCCAAGGUGGCCCAAUAGAGAGUAAGAGCCUGAUGAAGGAUUCCUAUACCCCAGAUGUGAUUCAAAGGGCAGUCAGAGACCCCAAGCACUGGCAUGGAAGGAAAACCGAUGACCUAGGACGAUGGCACCAGAAAAAUGCCCUAAACCUUAACCUGCAAAAAGCUUUGGAGCAGAAAUACGGAGAGAAGACCAAAGGUACCAAAUCCUAGAAGGCAAAAGACAGAGAAGCAAAGCGCUCUCCGAAAGGGACCCUGCUCUCCCUAGCGCUAGAAUAAACCUCCGUGCAGCCUC